AAGCCCCCGUAAGAUGCUAAAAUGCCGAUUUGCUGGCUUAUCAGCGAAGAGGGUAAUCACAAACCCAUCCGUUUGCCUCAUUUACAGACAGCUGUGCUGGGUCGUGGCCCAGAAACGACUAUCAAAGACAAAAAGUGCUCUCGGGAGCAAGACAAUUUUCUUUGGUCCAAGCCUAGAAGUGACAAUCAAAGACAAAAAAUGCCCUUGGCAGCGAGUUGAACUGAAAGCGGAAUGCAACAAAGGUUAUGUCAAAGUCAAACAGCUGGGUUUGAACCCCACCUCUGUAGACUCUGUGGUGGUGGGUAAAGGCAAUGAGAUCAAAAUAAAGCCUGGACAGCAGCUCCAUAUUGUCAAUCAGCUUUACCCAUACACAGUACAGUUCAAAGAGGAUCCAAAUGGUAACCACAGCAGCACCAAAAGACCUCGAGAGCCGGCUUCAGAGGACAGAGAGAGCCAGAGAGAGGCUCAGACUAUGAAAGCAGCCAAACAGACAGAAGAGAACUCUCUGUCAGUAAGCCACGGAGAACCCAAAGCAAUAAGUGAAAAUGUUGGACAUUGGAGUCAAGGCCUGAAGACUUCAAUGCAAGACCCCAAGAUGCAGGUAUACAAGGAUGACAAAGUAGUAGUAAUUAAAGAUAAAUACCCCAAAGCUCGGCACCACUGGCUAGUCCUCCCUUGGCAGUCGAUUCCCAGUCUGAAGGCUUUGUGUGAGGAACACUGUGAUCUGGUCAAACACAUGCAGCGAGUUGGAGACCAAAUGAUCCAGCAGUGCCCAGAUUCCAGCUCGCUACGCUUCCGCACAGGUUACCAUGCCAUCCCAAGUAUGAGUCAUGUUCACCUCCAUGUGAUCAGCCAGGACUUUGACUCUCCCUGCUUAAAAAACAAAAAGCACUGGAACUCAUUUACAACCGACUAUUUCAUCGAAUCUCACGAUGUCAUUCAGAUGCUGGAAACAGACGGAAAGAUCACUGUGACAGAAGGCACCGGUGAGCUGUUGAAGCUUCCUCUCCGCUGCCACAUGUGUCGCAAAGAACUUCCCACUAUACCAGCUCUGAAGGAGCAUCUGAAGUCUCAUUUUCCCAGAUAACAACAGUGACCUCAGAUUCCAGUACUUCAGCUUCUCAUUGGUUCAAUGUAGGAUUCAUACUAUGUUGAAAUUGUUUGUUAAUUGUGAUGCUGGUUCUAUAAAAAUGUUAAGUUACUUUAGUUUCCUAAUUAUGUGAGUGGAGCUGUGGUUGCAUUUUCAGCAAUGUGCAAGAGGAUGGUUAAUGUGUGGGUGCACAUAGUUCAUGCUGAAAGCCAGAUGCAAGGACAGGUUGGUUCUAAAAUUUCAAACAUGUUUAAAUAAGCUUCAUUAAAAGUUUUCUAAAAACUAAA